AGUUAUAGGGUGCUAUUUUUAACUAUAUAGCGUAUAUUCUUGGAUAUAUGCGUAUUUUGUUUUGUUUAAAGUUACAAUUUAACGUUUUCUCAAAAUUUGCUAUGAAACCUGUAGAGGAACCGGAACGUUCAAUCAAACUCGUGCGAGCUUCACAAUUUGUCACUGAGGGUAAGACAAAAUCAACAAAAGCAAUAGAGGCUUGGGCAUCCACUACAACGCAAGAGUUGGCUUAAACACAGCCUUUGGCCAAGAUAAACCCACACGUGGCAACGACCCAUUCGUCCCAGCAUUUCUCCGGAUAAGGAAAUGGAUGAUGGGUUACUAACAGCAUGCCCUUCUCAUGCCAUUUCCACGUCUAACCAAUAAUAAUAAUCAAUUCCAGCUUUCUGAAUCAAUUGUGAAACAGAAACUUGCAGAAAAUAGCAGAGUACCCCUGCUGCAGACAUGGCUUCAAUGAGCAUGACAGCUUCUCUCCUGCCGAGCUCCAGCUCAACUUUGACCAGACUUCCUUCGACAACUGCCCGCAGAGGGGUGAUUGUGGCUAAGGCCUCAGGAGCUGCUGAAGGAGAGAAGGGGAGCAUGGAACUGAAGCAAGAGAGCAACAAUGGGAGGAGGGAGCUGGUUUUUGCAGCCGCAGCUGCUGCUGCUUGCUCCAUUGCAAACGUUGCCAUGGGUGCGGGAGAGCCAAAGGCUGGGACACCAGAAGCUAAGAAAAAGUAUGCUCCUAUUUGUGUGACGAUGCCUACAGCUCGUGUGUGUCACAAGUGAGCAUCUGAUGUUUUUCUAAGAUUUAAUGUUGAUUUUAAUUGAGAUUCAUGUAAAAGCUUGCAUCUUUUUAUUGGAGAAUCCUUGUUAUGUUUCUCUUCUUCUCCUUGUACACAUGUUCACCAGUUAGUCAUGAGUCUAAUCUAUAUAAUAUAUAAUAUUUCUAGCUUAAACUUCAA